CCGCCUCUUGCUCGCCAGGUGUCACAAGAUGAGAUCUCUCUCUCUCUCUCUCUCUCUUUCUCUCUCUCUCUCUUUCUCUCUCGAAACCUCUCUCGGCCAAAGGCGAUUUUGACGUCUCCUUCGGUGACUCUCGUCGACGACAUCUCGUCCGGUGGCUCGCGUCGGCGACAUCUCCUCCGGUGGCUUUAUUCGGCGACCUCUCUCUCGGUAGUUCUCUCCGAGGCGACGAAGCUCUCUGUCGGUUUAUCUUCUGAAAUCGAAGGUAAGCGAUUGUUGUGUUCUUGAUUAUGCAUGUCUUAGAUUAUGCAUCUUCUCCUCGAAUCUGUCUGAUCGGUUGUUUUUCUUUCAAUCUUGUUGGUUCUCCUCGAAUCGUCUCUUCUGCCCGAACGAAAACGUAAAAAAAUGACUGGGGCAUCACCUGCAUUGAGGAAACCUGUGUUCACCAAGGCCAGUGAGCUGAGACCAGGAACCAAUGGUCUCUGACUUAACGUGAAAGUCAUCAGCACGAAGAUGGUGAUGCAGAGAGGCUGAGGAGGAGGUCGUCCCAGUGGUCCUCAAGCUCGUCAGAUGCGGAUUGCUGAAUGUGUUGUUGGUGAUGAGACUGGAAUCAUUAUCUUCACUGCAAGAAACGAUCAAGAAUCGGUAACGUAACGCGACGGCGAUGGCGAAGGCGAUUGCCAUCUGAAGAUGUAUCUGUAUGAGAUUCAAUUUUUCUUUUUGAUUUUCGAAGAUUAGAAUAAGCUUACUCAUCUAGAACGCGGGAUCUCUUUGGAUCUCGAUGUUGUUCCUUCAUUUGGGACGGAUCUGAAGGGGUUAUUGAGGAUCAGGUUAUUUGGGGGAAAGGGGGAAAUCUGGGAAUUUUUGGAAAGGAAUCUCGCAUGGGAUUUGAUGGCUUCUGAUAAGAUGAUAUGAUUGUAUCCAAAGGCAGGAGGAAGAGAGGCGCUGGAGAAUUUCUCCAAAAAGGUAACUCCUUGGAUUCGCACUAAUUUGAUUUUGGAAGAUUCGCAUUGGGUCUACUCAAUUGUGAUUUUCCAUAAGGCUUACUCUAUGAGAUACAAGGUGUAUGAUUCUUGUCAAGGGAAAAUAGAAAAUAAUUACAGUUUACAAGAUUAUUGGGGAUCUCAUGGGGUUGUUUAUGAUCAAUUAUGAUUGAUAAUUUGGAUUGAUUAUGGAUAUUAUUUGAAUCGGCUGCAUCUUUUACGGUUAUAUUAGAGAUUUUAAUUGUGACAGGAUUGAAUUUUUAUUAUUAGAGGAGAUUACGAGUUCUUUCCUUCCAAUUAGUUAUCGAGAUUUCCGAUUCUGGCAUUUAAAUUUGGUGAUUGAGAGAAGUUUUGGAAAGCUUUGGUGUAUAAAUAUAAUGGUUUUUGACUCCUUGUCUCAUCAUAUUAUCAGCUCUUGGUUGACUCUCAUAUUCUAUUCUCGUUUUUCUUUUGUGGUGGGAGCAAUUAUGUCGCAAGGGCAAUGGUUUGUCAAGUCAGGAGGACAGAAGAAGCAGGCGUCAAGUGGAGGCUUGAAGAUCUCCAUUCCGAAGUUUGAUAACUCUACUCUCAUUACGGGGUAUUCAAAGACGUUGAUUGGGAGGUGCAUGAACCCUGUCAAGCAGGAGAUGCAGUCGUUGCUCUAUCAUCUUCCACGCAUCUGGAAUGUGGAGGAGAGGGUAGUGGGCGCGGAUUUGGGCCUUGGGCGAUUUCAAUUUGAUUUUCAGGAGGAACAGGAUAUCGUUGAAGUACUUAAGAGGGAACCUUUUCAUUUUGAUAACUAGAUGAUCUCCAUUGUGAGAUGGGAACCGGUGGUGGACGAUAAUUAUCCGUCCAAGAUAACUUUCUGGGUACGGGCUAUUGGUGUCCCUUUGCAUUUUUGGGCAGAGCCAACUUUCAGGAGUAUUGGGGAAGCUUUGGGAGUGGUUCGUGGAGAUGAUGCCAUUGAGAUUAAUGAGGGGAAGAUUCGAGCCACUCUGGAUGCAUUUAAGCCACUGGUGUUCUCCAUUACCGUUGAGUUUCACAGUGGGGAGGAAACAGUGGUUGCUUUGCGGUAUGAGCGUCUCCACGGCUUCUGCAGGACGUGCUCAAAGUUGACACACGACCAGUUCAAAUGUCCAAUCUCAAAAGGGCAGAAGGAGGAGGAUGGUGCUGGGCCAUCUGAUGAUAAAGGGGACCAAGGUGGGAAAGCUUUGAGCUAUAAAGGGGCAGUGGAGUCUAAAGCUUUGGAGACUAACUCUGAUGGAGAUGUGAGGAGACAUGCCCAACAGGUUUCUGGAAAACAAGAUGUAAAAGGGAAGAACAUUGAUUAUGAGGGUGGCAAACAAGUUGCUGGUGCGAAAGCAGGUCCAGGGAGAGGAUUUACGGAUCAUGGGAGGAGGAUGACAAGGUAUGUUAGGAAUGCUGGAUACCUCCCACCUCAAGAGCUAAGAGAUAGCUAUGCUAUGGCCACGGGUGGUCUUAAUGGUCUGCGCAGUCAGGAUGUUGGAGCCCAUCUGGAUCCUCAACAGAAACUGAUGCUAGAUGCUUUUAAGAGCAGUGAGAAUGUGGAGGCCUCAGGGUCAAAGGCUCGCAAAGCCCUAUUGAUCGAGAAUGAGGCUGUAAAGGAGAACGGAAGGGUGCUGUUGGAAGAGGGCCCGGUAGCAACAGUCCAGGCACCGGAAGUCAUUGCGGAGUCAAUUAAGAUGGACUCCAUUGGUGAAUCCAAAGAAGUGGAGAAAGAGAAUGCAAUGGAGCUAUCAUCUGAGGAGUUUGAUGGUAAACAGUCUUUGGAGACUGUAAUUAAGGAAGAUGAGGAGAUCGGCGAGAUGGUGGCAGGAUUAGAUGAGGAAGAUGGUAAUUUGGAGUUUGAAAUGAUGGAGGAUGAUGAGGAGGAGGCAGAGCUCGUUCAGGAAGCCCCUGCGGAUGGAAAUGUUAUGGAGAUUGAGGAAGCAUUCCCUACGGCUGGAGAAGGCGAUGUAGCAGGUGAGAAAGAGAAUAUGACGUCAAAGAAGAAAGCUGGAAAGUUCAUGGCUGAUGCGAUGGGAGGGAACGCGAAGAAGAGAUUGGUUCAGAGCUUGGUCUCUCCAAGGAAGAAGGCAAUGGCAAAGCAAGGCCAUAAGGCGGGAGACAAGGGUCCGGUGCCUACCAAGAAGGCCUCGUUCAAGCCGAAACCGGUCCUAGAUUGAUUACCUGGUUAUUCUCAAUUUAUAUAAGUAUGAAUAAGUGCAUGGCUUUUGAUAGAAAGUUCUUGUUUUCUUUUAGUUGGUUUCCUUGUUUUAAGUUAUCUCUGAUGAGGUCAGAGUAUUGGAAUAAAAGAGUUGGUUCUCACUGUUAUUUUAUUGGUUUGGUUGGUAUGUUUGAGGCUUUAAAGGGAGAGUA